GAGACUUUCCCAAGCAACAUCCGACCAGCACCAGCAUAAAAGCCGUCAAAUCCAUCUCAGCCAUCGUAUUUCAACCAAGUCACUCAUUCUACGAUACAAUCUCUGCAAUAAUGACACGCGGUGCACUCUCCAAGCUUGUCCGGAGCUCCAGCAUGAGCAUCAGACCAUUGCCAUCUCGAAGCUCUUUUACAGCUCUCAGAGCCUCAAUGUUCCGUCCAGCUGUCGUGUCAAUUUUUGCACAUGGACCCCGAGCAAGCUCUAGCCAAGCCCCCAGGUUCUUCUCAACAACAAGACCUUCCCUUAAAGGUCUGUCGCCGGAAACCGAGAAUCCGCAGCCCACACCGAGAGAAGCAGAGAGUAACGUGUCAGAAUCAGCAUCCGGGCCCGCGGACAUCACAAUUGAACGAUUCCACGAACUGGCAGAUACAUAUCUGGAGGUUUUGAUUGAGAAGCUGGAGAUGCUGCAGGAAGAGACCGAGGAAGUCGAUGUUGAGUACAGCGCGGGUGUCCUCACCCUCUCCUUCCCGCCCAACGGCACAUACGUGAUCAACAAGCAACCGCCCAACAGGCAGAUCUGGCUCUCAUCACCCAAAACAGGCCCCAAACGCUUCGACUACGUGAUGUUAAGUGAGGGGCAAGACGCCAAGGAAGGGACAGGAAGGGCAGAUUGGGUGUACCUUCGCGAUGGAAGUACACUGACGGAUUUGUUGCAAGUGGAGAUUGGCGUCGAUAUGGAGCAUCCCUAUGCUCCAGUUUCGCAUAGAGGGGACUGAGGGGUGGAUAUUAUGCCAUAAGAAGAAUUACGUGAAGUCGGGAAUGGAGUGAACGAUGCUGGUAUCGAGCAGGCGGCAGACGAAGGAGUUCGGAGUUGUACGUGUGUGGCACGAAUUUGGGUCUUUUGAUAGAUCAGGUAAAGAAAGAUGACUAGUAUGAGGCCACUCUCCUCUUGAUCCUUCCUCUUUGUGGUUCAGCCUUCCAUAAACUAGUUGGGCUGUAAAUCGCUUCAAUGAAGCAUCAUAACGUGACUGGUUUUAUCCCCCUCCCGCAGAUCUUGAAAGAAAAUGAAUC